AUGGAUUACAGGACGAACUUAUGUGCUGACGAUCCGAACUUUGCAGACUUGUUUUCGGGUCUUACGAACUCAGCAAACGUUGGUCAUCCUAAAGAUGAAACAGACGAUGUAAGUAUCGUGAAUGUAUCCAACUCAGAUGAACGCAUUAGUAUCAGUCCAGAGCCAAUCAUAACCUACUCACCAGAUGGGAAAAAAGGAUGGAUUAGUAUCCAACAGGAAAUUACCUACGAGGUUCCAUGUGUGCCUGAGGUGGAUGGUUGUGGAUGUCCCCCACUGGAACGUACCCAGUUGGCCUAUCGGUUUGAGGCUGAGGACUCAAGGUCAUCUAUACCGACAGAUAGUUGGAAACUGAUGCAUGCUUCGUCUGAAGACAAGCUCCACAAGGUCUACACCUGCAGUCAGUCUGUAGAUGUAUGCCGACCGCAGGUAAAAAGUGUUCAAGGAGGGCGAAAUCGAUUGCAGCAAUUUAGACUUCAUGCAACAUCUAUGGAGAGAAAAUGCUGCUGUGCACACAAAGGGCAUGAAAACAGGCCAGAAAAGCUUAAUGUGACUGAGUUGAAAAGACCUUGUUCAGUAACAACUGCUAAUUUUGUUCAGGACAUCUCAGCAGUCGACUAUGAAAAAGAGGCAAAUGUCGACCUAGCUGCGGAAACGGGAACUUAUGAGGCCAGUCAGGACCAUUUCUUAGUUCAAGACAAGAAAACUUCUGGGCUGAAAGCUUUAAGAUCAUCUAGAGGGAAUGAAGAAGACCAGGUGGGUGUAGCAAAUAAGUUCAUUAAGAAUAUUGCGCCCUGUCCCAUGGAGGUACUAGGGAAUGCUACAGACCGGGAAGGUGCAGCUGUCCAACCAUUACUACUGUCGGAUAGGAUUUUGACCGGAACGCAUUCAGACUCAGAUGCUGCUCUACAACCUCCUGUUUCUUCCCGUAUUCCCUGUGGACAAACCGGAACGCACAAACCUAUUACAGACUCUCCAAAAAGUUUCACACCAACAUAUCCGGUACAAACUGAGGAGGAAAUAAGGGAAACCGGAACAGCGACACAAUCAAAUAUACCAACCAUCAGAAUCAACGAUGGUGGAGAGCUUCCGGCAGAGACGACGUCGUUUUUGACAGUACCGAUGAGAACUGACGUUAUGGAAAAUCGGAACACAAGAGUGCCAAGCGUACCAGGAAAUCCUGGUAUAGAGGACCCAUUAUUGUUGAGUAGCGUAGAGAAUCUUGUAUCGGGCAAGGGGAUCAGAGCCACCGGACACGACACGUCUAAAGAACUCAUCACUACGCAAGUAGAUGAACGCACAAGUGGGGUGUUAGAUCAGUCGAGUGUUAUAGCUUCAGAACAGAGCCAACUCCAGCAAACAUUCUCAGAAUCUGUAUCACCUGGCUCAGUUAUUCAAAACAACCUAGCCAGUGGGGCAACAGAAACUCAUCCGAACAGUCAGAAUGGUAACAUUCUAUCAGAAAGUGACUCCAGCCCAAGGGUACAAGAUGCAAUUGGGCUUGAAGUAGAUUUAUCGCAGAUCUCGGAUAGAAAGGAAAGUACGAAUAUCACUCAACAGUUCGAUCCGCCAAAUCAAAGGGGACUGAUCGAAGGGAAGAAUACACCAUUGGAACCAGACACAGAAAUUGGUACAAUCACUAAUUCUAAGGUCUCGCCUACCAGACGACAAGCUCAGGGACUCAGAAGCUCACAGGUUCUCACUAGUGAGUCUGACACAAUCGAUGAUGUUAGAAAACGGCUGAACUAUAUGGUGAAAGGUCAUUUCAGACUGGAUCGACCGGAGUCCCCAUCAACUAUUGAUGUACCAAGUGAGUCGUUAACCGAAAAUAGAAUAUUAUCAACAACAAGGGUAAAAACCAGUGAAAAGUUGGGUGGGCAUUUUUCAAAAGAGAUCCCACACCUUGACAAUCGGGAGAAUAUGGAGGUGGUAGUCGAAUCUGAACAAGCUGCUCCAAUGAAAGAACAGCUGCAGGUGACUGGAAUAGAACCAAUUACGAAUAGUACAAUAAAUGCUUCAGUAAAGCGGAAUAUCAAUAACCAACCGGCUGUUAGCACAAAGGAUUUCACCUCGGUACAACAGAGCAUUACAAAAGAACCGCAGUACGAAGCAGACCUACAACAGAAGCAGGUUACAAAAAUGGAUCUGACAGAUCUGAUUAAUGCAACACAUAAAGCCACUCAUGAGCAGAUUCGACCGCCUCCUAAGCAGUCAGAAUCAUACGAUACAAGCAAAGAAAAGUCUCCAACGCCGGCUGGAUGUGAUGAACAGGCGGCACCCAGGGCUACUUCACAAGAAGUGUUGGACCUCCAACGAGCCAGUCAAACAGACGCAAUCAAUCCAUCGAAGAACGACGUAGCUGUUGAAGGUAAUUUACCACACAUCACUCGUACAGAAUCAAAUCAGUUGGAGUCUCACAUUCAGAUGACUGUGGUCACCGAUUUCUCAUUACCCAGAGACAUAAAAGCAGACCCAACUUAUCAUGUACAACAGAGUAGCGCGGUUCCGACGCACCCUGAUGAAAAUAUACUUCGGAUAACACGAGGACUAAGUAAGCCGCAGGUUGCAGUGCUUCAUGAGCCCUCCCCAGAAGAGAAAUUACACGACACAUUACGUCCCAUGAAACGAUCAGCGUUAGUUGAGGAACAGUAUAGAAAAUAUGACUCAAUCAGCACCACAGAAGGAGCUACAAAACAGGAAGGCAAUGUGAUACACUCCGAACAUUUGCAAAUACCACUCGGAAAUCAUACCAGAGAGUAUGAGGCAAGACAAGCCAAACCAAUUUCACAAAAGAAUGUUGAUGUGUGUUCCUCAAGUGCACUAGAAUCGCCCAAUGGGAUACAGGUCCCCCCUUUUAUUCCUCAGCAAAAUAAGCUGUUGACACACGACACCGAAUCGUGUAAGUCUACUUCUCAUGCAACAAGGAGUACUUACUCCUCACAAACUCAGUCACCAUUUAAACAGGCGAUAACACAGUCUACAUUUGACGCCAUUAAGGUGGCAAAAGGUCUCACAGGUAACACAUCCAGACCUAACACACAUGAACGCAAUCCAUUGGAACAGGUCAUUGGGACGAUCGAACACCCUGCACAGGUACUGCGCGAAGGAGCAAAUGCACAGAUGGAACAAACAGAACUGAUACCCACACAACGAGCGUCGAUUGCAAGCAAGCGUCAGGAAGAACCGGAAGCAGAAGAAGGAAGAGAAACAACUUGCGACCGAAUUUGGCCAACUCGUGCAAUGUUAGAGCAACAACAAACAGCAGUGACACUAACCGUAUCAAGAUUCCAACCAGCGGUAGAGCUAGACACACCAAUCACUCCCGUGACAGGAAUAAACGUUGAUAGUAGUGAACUGCAUCCGGCUAUAAGUCUGUUAGAAGAGGCAAAUGUCACCAACUACCUCGCCCUAAUCUCGAUCAACCGACCUGAGAUGACCGACCAGUCCAUUCUGCCACGACAGAGCAAUAGCACAUCUCUAUCUACAAGUGAAACACACAAUAUCAGUAAACCAAAUGUUGCAGCGUUUUAUGAACCGACUAAUGCAGAAAAGCAGCUGGAUACGAGGAGUCCCUCAAUGAUCGGAAAACUAGAUCAAGAAGAAAGCAUGGAUUCAAAAGGUAGAGAAAAAGAUACGCAUAACUUAAAUGAAUCGAUAAGCAUAGAUACAGGAAAGAACCAAAUAAAUCCAGACUUCCCACAAACUACCGAUUGCUCUGAUGAAAAAUCCGGUCAGAAUGACCUCAGUGUCGAACGGUCGUCGGUUGCCAAGUCACUCCCCCUAGUACCAAAACUCCUGGAUGAAAUGCAGGUGUCAGAGAGGGAGGCUAAAAUAAACGAAGCUCAAGGUCUACAGAUUCAAGCUGAAAUGCUUAUCUCAAGACUGUCAACACCUUCGAACAUCGCUUGGGAUCUGGAUAAACUCUCUAGGGAAAAGGAAGAAAGUUCUCAAACGAGUGGUGAGCCUAAUACGACGGGCAAGGGAUACUCACAAAAAGACAUGAUAUUACAACAAAUUAUGCAGAACAGCUCAGUCAUUCCAUCGGAGGACGAUGAACUGAGUAGACUGGAUAUCAGUGUGCUUCAUGAGCUCGUAUCAGUGGAAAAAGUACAAGGCAUCAAAAAUUCCGCAAAAAUGUCUACCCAGGUCAAAGUAGGACAUAGAGAAUGCUGUCCACCUAGCGUUACAGAAACGGGAAGAGUGCGUGAAACUAGCAAAGAGAUGAGGGGAAUUGUGGGGCACACCAGAGUCAUACAUGACCAUCAUUAUGAUUCCACAGGGAAUACAGUCGGAGAGAACAAGGUGAGACAAACCGAACAAAUCCCAUCGACAUUUUUCGAUGUUGAUGUCUCCUUGGAGAUCAGAAUGCUUUCAGGACCAUCAGAUUCAUCGGAUAAUGAUCCAACUUCAAGAACGACUUUCCAACAAUCAGAAACGUGGAAGCCAGAGACCAAAUCGGUGAGCAGCGUUUUGCAAUCAAAGAACUUUAUCGUCAGUACUGCGGACUUUGGGGAAACAGAUGAAGUGACCAAUCGGCCAGUCCAAACAACACUUGAGAUGCACCACAUCAGUGCACAAGAAAUGGAGAUCACGGGCACGUCAGUAACUCAAUCAGGGCCUGAGCGCACAAUGCCCCAAGAUAUUCCGGUUAUCACUAAGUCAGCAAGUGGUAUUUCCGGCAUUGUAUCCAAGGCCGAUAUGACUGAACACUGUCCUGUAGAUCGGCUUAUCGAAACGAUUGAGAAUUCUGGUAGAGGCGUCGAUCUACCGACACAGAGUGUGGAUCAGUCAGAUCUGAUAACCACACAACGGUCACCAACCGCUUGCAUACAUGGGGAAAAAACGGAAGCAGUUGAGGAAUACGAUGACAGUUACCAGUGGGUUCGACCGGUGGAUGCAUUCUUACAACAAACGUACGUAGCUGGAGAACCAACAGGACCGGAGUUCCGACCAGAAAUAGAGACAGACACAUCAGACUGGCCUGAAACGAGACCGGCUCUUGACAGAAGUUUAUCAAGUCCCCCCAUCAUCCGAUUAGACGAAGAAACGAGUGUCAUCGGGUGUCUCGUUCUAAGCCCAACAAACCGACAUGAGAUGACAAAUCAACCGGUUCCUCCAGGACGAAGACACAGUACAACGGCGUCGUUUAUGAGGAAUGGCCAACUCAAUAAAAUACAAAACAGUAAAAUACAAGACAUGCCUGUUUAUGAACAAGAUAAAGACAAGAUGCAAUCAGCAAGCAAAAAUCUUACCAAAGAAGGAAAGUUAGACCAGAAAGAUCACCCAGGUGUGCUUAGCCCAAAUAGAUUGGAGGAAAUGGAUGUGGAAUGGAACAAAAUACAUGCACACGAUCACCACGAACUACUUUUGGGAGAUUUAAGUGACAGAGAUACAAAGGAGAUUUUCAAUGAGUACAGCUUGAAGGAGGACCGCGGCGGGAUAUCCGAACAAAAAUCGCCAGACCACACAGUUCUCCAUCAGCCAGUGAUCGACAAACGGCGUCUCAGUUCAGAAAAGUCAGUCGAUGAAAUGCAGUCAUCGGAGACGAUGACUCACGAAACCAAAGAAGUCAAGGGUUCCUUCAUGGAAAGUACAAUACUCGUCCAGCAACCAAUAACACAUCCUGUUGCCGUAUACUGUUCCCCUAAGUCUGACACAAAAGUUAUAGAAUGUUCCUUAAUCUCAGAUAAGUCUGACCAACAGAAGAUGCUCUCGAGCUUCCCGCAAAAUGAACUAGAACCCCAAGGAGCUGUUCAGGAAGAAACUAUUGUUAAAUCUACACCUGAAAAGGUUGUUAAAAUGAGUCUACUGCACUCCAGUUGUACACCAAAGGACAUGUCAGCCUCUGGUAAAGCUAUUCCAAUCAGUUUUACCGAGCUCAUUGUUACUGUACGCGAUCAGUCAGAAGAGGUUAUUGAAACGACAGAAUUCCCUAGCGGAAUGUCACGCGAAGAAAUUGAGGCAAACGGGUGCAUAUGGCUAUCCCUACAGGACAACAGUAUGACACUGGCACACUCUGUUACCAUCCUAGGUGUGAUACUGAGCAAUAUCGAUGAACAAGUUGUAGUAAGGCAGUUUGUCAGAGGAUCGCCAGAUAUGAAAGUGUUCAAAUCGGUUCAAGGGGAACCUGGAACAAACGUUGAAGGAGUGUAUGAUGUACAGGAUACCACAGAGAUAGGACAAGCUGAAAAAUCUGAUAUUCAUGUUGAAAAAGUAACAGGAAAGACUAGCAAUAAGUACGACAGACUUUAUACUGAUUUGUCCAAUAAACUACCAGGAAAGCCUGUUGGAGAGAAUAACGUGGAGGAAGGUGGACAAAUCCCCAUCGUUCCCGUCGAAGUCCAUAUUUCUUUGAAACAGGAGAUGGUCUCAGAUGCGAAAUCUUAUGAUAAUAGUCAAGCUCCGAAAACUACCAAACCACAAACUGAAAGAAUUGAACUGAAGUCAAAAUUAAGAAAGCGUGUCCUGAAUGUUACCCAACUCCAUGCUGAUACAACUAACGUGGGAAAGAUAGAAGAGAAACAUGAUCGGGCUGUUCGAACAACACUUAGAAUGCACCUCACUAGUACACGAGAAAAUAGGAAAACAGGUACCUCAAAGAUUCAAACAGAAUCUGAGCGAAUGAGACAACAAGAUACGCCGGUCUCCAAUGGACGGCUACAGGACACAGGCGGUCGAUCAGAACGGACUAUCAAAACGAUUCAGCCUAAUACCAUAUCAAAUGGAGGGCCUCGGAUUAUUGAGCAUUCAGUGAAUGACAGUUUAGGGUUACCGACUGAUUCUGGUGCCGACGCAGAUACGAAAUGGAAAGGCGCUGGCACACCAGUGGAAAGUUCACGGAGGAGAAUUCCACCCAUAAAUACGCCGAAGUUCACCCAAGAAGCGAACAACGGAGAAUACGACCAAAUGAACACCACUACAGCGAAAAGAGCAGACAUAGCUGGUGGUCACAAACACAGAAUCGACGUACAGUCUAGUUUUCGAGGUAGCAGAUCCUAUUCUGGUCGGUUUACUGAUCCUUCAGAUAAGAUUGUAAAAGAUCAGAAUGUAGUGCGUGCUGAACACAGUGGCAGAAACAGCGAGGCUUCUCCGAUUCCAACAAGGUCUGAUGUGCCGUUGCAAUAUAAGGUGGCCUCGACUGGAGCACAAUCAACAGACAGAGCUCACGUUUCAAAAACGACUCCCCAACAAAUAAAAAAUACGGAAUCCAAGGGUGAAUCAAGAAAUCUUUUGGAGCAACCUCCCUUCCAUACGAACUUCGGCAGGGAGGCUGGAGAACUUGAUCGAUCAUCUGUGCUAGGCAUUAGCGCUAAACGUGAAAAACUAAAACGUUAUGAUAGGGACCAAGAAAGUCCCACGAAAAUAGGAGUAGAACGAUACCAGGAGAUUGUUUGUCCCUCCUGUGGUGGAGUUAUUCAGCGGUUAACUAGUCAUGACGGUACACAGCAGUAUCCCAAGCAUUAUGAAAUGACGGAAAGGAUUCAUGAAUUUCAGAUGCCCGUGAAAGUUCCGUACGACCAAAAAGCACCUACCUCUCCGUUUGAGAAACCAGACACUUCUGGCACCGACAUCCUUUCUGAGAACCUGUUUCAUCCAGAAUUCCUCCCACUCUUGAAAACAUCUGGAAAAGACUUGGAUCAAGCACUGUAUGCAGCGCCGAAUUAUCUCCCACCUCGAGAAAUGAAACCCGUUUUAGAGUGCCACUCAGAGGAGCAAACCACGGUAUCAGAAUUCAACAAAGUUAGGCUUGAUCAAGACGAAAAACAAAACGGAAAGGUGAUUUCACCCUCACAUCUAGAUGUAACCUCGCCAGAACCCACUAAAUCGGAAGCUUCGAAAUCGGCCUCUUCGACAACGGCGUCAAUCUUUAACUGUGUUCCUAGGAGCAGAACAACGACCAGCUGGCUAGCUUCGUCGACACCGAAUGCGAAGACUCAGUCAGGCAAAUUUGCUCACUCGAUGCUAUCGAAGUUAAGAAAGAUGGGCGUUAAAGUAAGUGAUAAAAGGCCGCCUCAUUCUGAAGACGGAGAAUCCUUCAUAACAUCCAAAGAACAAGCGAUUUUCGAAGGCAAAACUUCUCCCAUAACGCCUCCUAGCUCAAUUUCGCAAGCAGGAGAAACACAGAGUAGAGUUAGUCAAAGUCCGCUAACAUCAGCCGUGACCGCAGAAGAAAAGGGAAGUAUAAAUGGCAUGACAGUUAUCAAACGCGGUAUCUCCUCUCAUUUGGAUGAGUCGCUAAAAGUUUCCAGCGAGCAACCAACCUGUGGUGGGGUACAUCAACAAAGUCUGACUUGUGAGUCAUUGAAAGAUUCACUAUCUCGAAGCAGUUCGGUUCCAAUCUUUUCUGUAGAUGACCCAAAAGCUCAUCAAAUGUCAACCGGGAUUACUCCGACAGAGCAAGAAUUGGGCAACCGGGGUUCGGAUCCCGAUGACUUCGGCUCAUUAUCAAACAUCAAACCUCAUGAUUUGAGUAUGCCGUCUUCAUUCGGUAGAGUAUCACUCGUGCAUGGUGCUCAAGACCGUGCACAAGAAAAUCCCUCUUUUACACCAUCAUGGAGCAAACAAGCAAAAUAUACCUGCGACAGAAAAGCAUACGUGGACUUUGCUGAAGAACAGAAAACUACAGCGAACCCCUUGGUAGACAAAGUCGUAUCUUUCUCUUGCGUCGUAGAACGUAACAAUACACAAGUAUCUAUUCCCAACAAGAAUUCUCCCACUCAUAACACCAAAGAGCAGCCCUUUGAACAUUUUCUCCCAAAACAGUUUACGAACUCUGUUACGUCAAAAGACAGAUAUGAGCCCAGGCUAACGGAGCUCACUCAUGGGGCCGCUGAGGAACCCAGGCCAGACUGUACGGGAACCCACAUUAUAAGUCAAACGGAAGGGAUAACAGAGGGGAAAGCAGUAGAACUUCACGCUAUUGAGUCACAGUGGUGUUUGUUUGAAACGCAACCUCGUGACCUCGAAGCCGACGAUGCAUCGCGACCCCUUGAGUACAUCUCUUCUGUCUCAGAAAAGCCUACUGACCGACCACAAGAUGUAUUCACUUUGUCCGACAGUUCACACAAGGAUCAGGAACGAGCUCGUUCAACGAAAAUUUGGCACACAGUUCAUAAGACGCCGAAGGAGCAAAAGUGUGCUCCGUCUGCCAGCACUCCGCUAUUUGUACCAGCCAGUAUGAGGAUCAAGCGGUUGGCUGCUGAAGAGUCUUCCGACGACCAAACAUAUAGGUCUAAUGGCAAAGUAAGCCCAGGAUAUCCGAGUGAAAUGGCUAUUCAGAAAGACGUCAUUCUUGCGAACGUUGAUUAUCCAAGUUCAUGUUCUGACUUCUCACAUGACCAUGGUGAGUCCCGUUUGCAGCUUUGCCUGGAACCCGAACCUGGCCGUAGUAGUCAUCAAGUUUCAGGUGAUUCUCCUCUACAGAACAGCGAAAAGCCAAGCUCGAAUCCAGACCCCGUCGAUGAUUUCGAAGUCAGCACCAUGUCUGUUGCUUACAGUCCAUGGGUUUCAAGCGAAUCCGAAAGUUCCCCACCACAACUUCACUCGGGAACUGCAUGUGUGUCUCCGUUUUGCGAAAAUCUUCCGGUGGAUUCUGACAAUAUCACGAAGCUUCGGCGAUCACUUCGAAUGAAACUUGCCCCAGAUGAAAUGAUACAGAGACCACAUAGCACAAUACUUUACGAGGGAAGAGAAUACGACGAGACGGGCAGGGUUCUGAACACCGUAGAAUGUGUGGGUUGUGGAGGCUUGUGUACUAGGGGAUUACGUUCGCCUAUAAAAGAACAGCCCAAGUUUGAAAUGCAUCAGCGUAAGUUACCCGAGCCAAAAUCCCAGAGAACAUGUUUAUGCGGUCGAUCAAAGCCCCAACAACAGAUUACUCAAAGAAAAGCCUAUGCUAACAAACCGAAAUACAUCAAAACUUGCGCAGUAUGUUUGAACGAUAUGACUGUUGGUGCUUUUCAAAUGCCUGCUUGGAACAUGAAAUCUCCCAGCCCUCUUGUUUAUCGAGCUCAGUGUUUGCAUGAUCACGAUGAAAUAGACACGGUUGAACCGCGGUGUAGAAACCAGGGAAGGCAGAAAGCGGACACCGUUUCGCAAAACUGUCCGUGUCAUCACAUGUACUACAAUCGUACCAACAGAGCUUUGCACCACAUGCCACAAAUAGAAUACCUUACAGAUAACUUUUUCCCAGCCACAAGAAUCCCGCUCUGUAAGCACAAGAAACCGAUCAACGCGGAGCGGAUAGAACCGCUGCCACCGAUUACGAAAGCCCACACUAUGCUACCCUCCUCAAAACAAAAACAUAUAUUUGGAAAAGAGGCUCGAUUUCAGGACUGA